AUGUAUCUACAGGACUUUGAUGGUGAACUUGACCCUCCAUUAACAAAAGAACAGGAAACAAUUACUUUAUUUCAGACAGAUCUGUGCAGAUCUUGGAAAUUAAACUACAAGGAGGAAGUUAAUAACCAUGGUAUGAAAUGUCGUCGUUUCUCUGCCAUGGAAUCUGUGCUUGCUAAUGGUACAGACAACCCAGAAAACAGUUGUUUUAGUACAAGAAGACUUCUUCCAUCUGGUGUCAUGGAUCUAAGUCCAUGUCGAUAUGACACUCCAGUGGCACUGUCAUUUCCUCAUUUCUAUCUUGCUUCACCCUCUUACCUUAACGAUGUAGAAGGUCUGAAACCUAAUGCAUCUCAUCAUGAGUUCUUCCUCGACAUUCAUCCGAUGUCAGGCAUAUCAACAAGUAUUGGUGCUCGUAUUCAGCUUAAUGCCAUCUUGGAGCAAGAUAAAAAGAUAAGGCAGUUUUCUAACAUCACUGAACUGGUGUUACCAGUAUUGUGGCAGGAAGUGUCUGGUUAUUUGACAGAAGAACUGGCAGAUGAAUUGUUAAAAGACCUGGAAGACCCUCUCAUUUAUGGAGCUGAUUUUGCCUACUGUUUCCUCGCUAUUGGUGUUGUGCUGUUACUAGUAGCAUGUACCCUGUUAAUUUAUCAUUGGUUUGACAUGAGAAGGCAAUCAAGACAAGGGUCUCCCCUUUUGAUUUAUGAUGAUGUGGAUGAAGAGGGAACACAUUCCACUGAAGAUGGGGUUUCCCCAAAGACAAAUGAUCAUUAUGAUGGAGCUGCAUGAUAAUUGAAAAAUAAUGAUCUCUUUCCCAGAUAUAAGUUUUUACAGAUAACGGUGGUCAGAGUUAGAUUUAAUUCUUUUCCGAUGAAUGAUGACAUACAGUUAGUUGAAAAUACAGAAAAAAAUACUUUGUCUUUACAUCAGUUAAAAAAAAUAUAUUUGUAGCUAACCCUGAAAGGUAUAUUGUGUGAGGCUAGAAGCAUUGUUAAUCUUGCGUGUGAUAUUAGUAUACCAAAGUAUGAUAUAGCAAGGAUUAUUUUUUUGUACUUUACUUCAAUAUGAAAAUUAGUGACCUUACUAGAAUAAGAUUUUUUGUUUUAAGAGAAAUAGUUUUUAUGGUACUAUACAGAACUAAUUAGGUAGUAUACAUAUAUACAUAAGUUUUAUAGACAUGUGCUUUGAUAUACUGAUAUAUUAAUUUGUAUGUAAUCAAGAUUGCAUAUUCCUUAUACUAGGACAAACUUUAGUCAUUAUUUAAUAUCAGAAAAAACUGAUAACUGAUUGAUUGAUAAUUUAUAUUUCCACAAAAAAACAGUUUCUGAUCACUCUAAUUCUCACUUUUUUUCCCCUCUUAUAAAUUAACAUUACUUCUAUUAUAUUUUUUAAAUUGUUAUGUUAACAUUUGAGACUAGGUAUUUAAUACUGAGUUUCACGUAUUCCUACUGAUCAUCACACUUGGAAUGUCUCCGCAGUACGUGUUAUAGACUUUUUAUGUAACAAUCUUGAAUAGAAAAGUUGAGAACUUCACAAAUUCCAUUUAUAUAAAACCUAAUUUUUUAUGUAACAGAUUCUGUGGUUCAGAUAAACCUAUAAAAAGUUUUCAUAAUUUGUUUUGUUUAUCUGUCCUUUUUUAUUUUGGUAAAGUUUUUAAAAAAAAGCACCAGACAAAAAUUAUGUGUUGUUGUUUAGUAUUUUCCAUAAAUGUAAAUAGUGUGAUUAAGACUGAGACAUAUUUACAUUACAGUAACAAUUGUACUUAUCUGCAAAUUCAGUUAAAAAAAAUUACUUACUUAAAAGAUUAAGUAUUCUAUGCUUAUAGACUAUACCAAAAAAUAUAUACUGUAGAUAAGCCUAAAUCAGAUUGAUCUGAUAGAGGUUUUUAAUUUUGUAAACAAUCGCAUUAUAUACCAAGACAUCAGCUGACACAGUACAUGAUGAAAGUUUAUUAUUUUUUUCCAAGUAAAAAGCUUCAUUUGAUCUGAUUAUACCUUGCUUAUUUUUGGGUUUGCUUUUUCUUUACUUCUUUUUUUAGAUUAAUUUAUGUCAUUGAAUGUCAAGUAGUUUUUAACAA